GGUCGCGCGCGGGGGAAGCGAAGUCGCGAGACCGAGAGCAGCGCGAAGCAGUUUCCCGCUUUGCCCUUCGGCCCGAACCGCGAACGUGAGGCGGAGGCGCCAUCGUAGCCCUCACCGGCCGCGGAGAGAGGCUCCGCCCGGACCCGUAAGGGGGGCGAGCGCAGCGUCGGGCCCGAAGCGCUGUAGGCCGCUGUCGGCGGAGCUCACCCAGACUCCGCCGGCUCGGCCGGGCCCCGCGCGCUCAGGAUGUCGGCGCAGGCCCAGAUGCGCGCCAUGCUGGACCAGCUCAUGGGCACGUCCCGGGACGGUUCAAUGUAUCUUUGCCUGCCUACUUCAAUCUGCAAGGGAGUGUCAGAAAGGCCCCGCAUUCGCCGAGCCAAGUAAGGGGGUGCUUUGCAUCCAAGAAGAAAGUAAUGGAAGAAAUGGCAGAUGGUGUUCAGUGGAGGCUCUAAGGGAUACUACCCGUCAGCGAAUCAAAUUCAGUGAUGACCGAGUGUGCAAGAGCCACCUCCUAAACUGCUGCCCUCAUGAUGUCCUCUCUGGAACUAGGAUGGACCUUGGAGAAUGUCUGAAGGUGCAUGACCUGGCAUUAAGAGCAGAUUAUGAAAUUGCAUCCAAAGAACAAGACUUUUUCUUUGAGCUUGAUGCAAUGGAUCACCUGCAGUCAUUCAUUGCCGACUGUGACAGAAGAACUGAAGUGGCUAAGAAAAGACUAGCAGAAACCCAAGAAGAGAUCAGUGCUGAAGUUGCAGCUAAAGCUGAACGAGUUCAUGAAUUGAAUGAAGAAAUUGGGAAGCUGUUGGCCAAAGUAGAACAGCUGGGAGCUGACGGAAAUGUGGAGGAGUCCCAGAAAGUAAUGGAUGAAGUGGAGAAAGCCAGGGCAAAGAAGAGAGAAGCAGAGGAAGUGUACAGGAAUUCAAUGCCUGCCUCCAGCUUUCAGCAGCAGAAGCUCCGUGUCUGUGAAGUGUGUUCUGCCUACCUUGGUCUUCAUGAUAACGACAGGCGACUUGCUGACCACUUUGGAGGAAAACUGCACUUAGGGUUCAUCGAAAUAAGGGAGAAACUUGAGGAGCUCAGGAGGGUUGUGGCUGAUAAACAGGAAAAACGAAAUCAGGAACGCCUGAAACGCAGAGAGGAGAGGGAGAAAGAAGAAAGGGAGAAGCUAAGGAGGUCCAGAUCCCAUAGCAAGAAUCCCAGAAGAUCUAGGUCUCGAGAUCGCCGCAGACAUCGGUCUCGCUCUGCCUCCCGGGAACGAAAGAGAAGAACUCGCUCCAAAUCCCGUGAGAAACGCCACCGUCACAGGUCUCGCUCCAGCAGCCGCAGCAGGAGCCGCAGCCAUCAGAGAAGCAGGCAUAGUUCCAGGGACAGGAGCAGAGAACGCAAAAAAAGAUCCUCAAAAGAAAGAUCUUCCAGAGACAAAGAACGAUCAAGAGAUCAUGACAGAACAUCGCGUGACAAAGACAGGAGCUCAAGAGAGAGGUCACCCCGAGAUAACAAAGACAGGAAACGUUCAUAUGAAAGUGCUAAUGGCCGAUCAGAAGACCGGAGGAGCUCAGAGGAGCGCGAAGCAGGGGAGAUAUAGCUGCUGUACAGUCACCGGAUCCUCUAGCUUCCUAUGGAGUUGCAUACUAUGGUUUAGUUUACAGUUGUUCAAAGGGACACCAGUGAGCAGUUCCAGACACUGAUCCAACUAGGGUAGAUGUACAGUAUGUAAAAGUGGUUAUAACUAAGUCUGAAUUGAACCCCUUCAAUUGAUGAUGCCUAAAGCUGUCCUUGACUCUGACCAAGCUGUAAAACUUCUCUGAACGAUUUCUCUUUAUCCAGGAUGACAGUUUUAUGUACCAAGGUGCAGAUCUCACUGUUUUACUCUCCUUUCCAAAGCAAGUUAAAUAGUGACAAAUUAUAUUGCAGUACUUGCCUUGGGUGCUCUCAAACCUUUAUAAAAUUCUCUAAUUCUGGUCCAGUCCAAACAGCAGCAUUGAAGGCUUUUUUAAGAGGGUGGGUGGGUACUAAACUUUUAUUCUAAGGUUGUUUCCCAAUGAUUGUAUGGGAACCUAGGAGUUGGUUACAGUCAGAGCAUUUAGGCUGGAAUAUGUGCCAGAGAAAGCUGAAAUGUCGUUUUUUACAGUGCCUAUUUAGACUGGGGAAUUGAACAGCUGUUGCAUUACAUCUUUUUUUAUUUUUAUUGAAAUUUUGAAAUCCAAGCCAGUCCCAUCUCUGUGUACCAUUUGGUAUGUGUUCAGUAUAUUUGGGUUUUUUUCCAUAAGGACUUUUUCUGCUUUUUCUUGUGGGAUGUAGGCUGUACAUCCUUAAUUGUAAAAAAUAAAUAAAAUAAAAAAUUAAAAAGUAAACUACAUUGUCCGGUAAGUUAA